AUGAUUUUAUUACACGUGACGUGGCUACUGAAUUCUUUACACUGCAUCAACUCGUAUCAAUAUCUGCCGCCGAACGAGAUGCCUGCAUAUUCUUAUGGAGCAAAAAGUACCUAUCGUAAAUACCUGGCUACUUUGAAAGAUAUGCCUUAUCAUGUGUUGGUAGUUUAUAGCAACCUGUAUUGUUCUGGGGCGCUGGUGAGGAGUAGGAUAGUUCUGACGGCCGCGAGUUGUAUGCUCACUACCCAGAUCAGAAGGCCUGUGGUUAAAGUUGGGGCUGACACCGUUACUGCUACCGGGCAAGUAACACCAGUGGUGGACAUAAAGAUACACGAAUACUACAAGUACACUCACAGAAUAGACAACGACAUAGCUAUUCUCAUGCUGGAGCACGACGUGAACUUUGACAGAUAUGACGUGAAGAAAGCGAUCCUUGUUGGUCCCGAUGUGGCAUUGCGAACUGGCGUCUCCAUUGACGUCUCAGGUUGGGGAAGCACGAACUUACCACAAAGCUUCGUAAACCAACUGAUAUGGACGGAAAUGACAGUCAUAGACAAGGAAGAAUGUGGGAUUUACUACCGGCACAUGCUCAGUCCAUCAAAUUACUGUGCAAAAUACACACCGGAGCGUCUGCUGAGUGACAGCGGUGGCCCAGCGGUGUACAACAGAGAGCUACUCGUCGGAAUCCUGUCUUAUGGAGGCACGAACGCUGAAGAGCCUUACAUCGCCAUCUUGACGAACAUAUCGUAUUUCCACAGGUGGAUUGCGUUGAACACUAAAAGGUUGUUGGAGAAGAAUUGCCUGCUUCGACGUAUUUCGUCAGACUCCGAACAGAGUUCUGGAUCGGAGUCUGCGUUAUAAAACAAUCUAUCAAUUCUAAAA